ACCCACUGACUCAGGUUUUUUUCACGGGCUCGAGGUUCGAUCACUCUGACAUGGCCGGGACGCGGUGGUAUUGGCCGCUGGUCUGGGCGGCGCUUGCCUUCCGGCUCCUCCUUGUCCCCUUUGCGGAUAAUCUCAACCUCGGAUCUCGGCCUGAGGUCGCUACUCCUCUUACCAGCCUCCGCCGCCUGGCGGAGGGUUACUGGUUAAAGCAAUCGUCCUUAUCCCCUUACACAGGAUCCAUGUACCAUGGUUCCCCUUUACUGUUGAUCAUUCUUGGGCCCUUAACAGUUAAAAGAAUUGAAAGUCAACCGGCUCAUUUAUGCUGCAGCUUGAUUUUUGUGCUUGUAGAUUUCUUUACUGCCAUGCUUAUUCGUGCAAUUGGGGAGAAGCUAAUGCUGACAAACUGCAACAACUUGAAGUUGCUAAAACCUUCUAAGCUAGUUGAGAGUUUUGGAGGUGUAGAUGCUGCAGAUAUUGCAUCCCUGAUAUAUUUGUGGAAUCCUUUCACAGUAGUGACAUGCCUAGGGUCUUGCACGUCACCGAUUGAUAAUUUGAUGGUUGUACUGGCCAUUUAUGGAGCCUGUUCACGAAUAGUUCCACUGGCAGCUUUUGGGUGGGUUAUGGCAACACACUUCUCCCUAUAUCCUGGAAUACUAGUCAUACCGGUACUUCUUCUUUUGGGGUAUGGUCCUGAUGCUCCUCCUCCGAAGUUAUUUCCACAGAAGCAUUCUAAUGGAGAUGGAAGUUUAGUUCAUGUUUUUUCCUGGGGACCAAUUUUGCAAUUUGCACUUUGGGUUGUUAUUUGGUCAUGUUAUGUUUUGCUCUUGAGUAGUAUUUCUCUCAAAGGUUUUGAUGGUUUAUAUGAUAUGCUCAAGAAGACACUUGGUUUUAUUCUUACGGUGGAAGAUUUAUCUCCGAAUAUUGGUGUUUUGUGGUAUUUCUUUGCAGAAGUCUUUGAGUUUUUCAGGGGUUUCUUUCUAAUAGUUUUCCAUGUGAACAUAUUAUUCAUGGUUUGCCCGUUGGCAAUACGUUUGAUGCACCGGCCAUGUUUUUUAGCCUUUGUCUAUAUAACAAUCUCAGCGACGCUGAAAUCCUAUCCAUCAGUUGGAGAUGCAGCUCUAUACUUGAGUCUUCUUGGCCUUUUUGCAAAUGAGCUAGCAGAGAUGAAAUUUUCUUUCUUCCUGUUUUGUGGUUACAUCGGAGUCUCUCUCCUUAGCCCCGUCAUGCACAACUUAUGGAUAUGGAGGGGUACUGGUAAUGCAAACUUCUACUUCGCUACUGGUCUUGCAUAUGCGUGCUUGCAGACUGUACUUGUUGUGGAGAGUGUAAGUACAAUGCUGAAUCACGAUAGAAAGCUAAAGAAAGAGCUGAAGAAGACAUGAAUCUUCUUCCCUUUGGCUUGCGGGUCCUCCAAAUCUCAAUAGAAAACACCCACACUUCACAUUUAUUUUCUGUUUUAAACUGGAGUAGAAUGUGUUUUAAAUCAUCAAACAUGUUAUUGUACGCAGUGUUAAGUGUGGGACUUUAGGAUUUCUACCAUGGGAGUUUUUGGAAGAUUGCUAAAGAACUUCAAAGUUCUGUAUUUGCUAACCUUCCAAAAGUUGACUUCAGUCCUUGCAACUUGUAAUGGGCACAUUCUUUGAAUAUCUUCUUGCUGAUAAGACUAGAGAGGGAAUUGAAG